CAGGGCGCCGAAAGGGACGGGGCCCGCGCGGGAGGAAGUCCGCGUGAGCCGGCGGGACCGAGCCCUCCCGCGGCGGAGACGCGGGCCGGGGAAGGGCGAGGCCCGGGAAGCUCGGGGGAGGGCGGGCCGCCCCGCCCCGUCCCCCCCAGGCGCCCGCAGGGGGCGGGCCGCUGGCUCGGCCGGACCAAUCAGCGCCCCGGAGGCGGGCCCGGCCGGCGCGCGGCGCGGCGGGUCACGCGGGACUUGGCCCGGCUAUAAGUAGGGGCGGGCGGCGCGCGCGGCCAGUGUGAUGGCUGCCAGCGCGCGCGGCCGGCUCCUGCUUCCUGGCUGCUGAGGCGCCCCGAGCCCGGAGCCGCCGGCGCCCCCGCCCCCGCCCCCGCGCCGCGGGACCCGCUCGUCUCCCCUCGUCUCCCGCUCGGCCCCCGCGUCCCUUCUGGAUGAACUCGCGUCCUUUCUCUUCUCCGCCAUGGCGUUGCGCUCCGUGCUUGUAGCCCUCGCGAGCCAAAGGAAUCGCAGACAACAGAUGCCCAGACGCCGCGUAUAGCAGUAACUCACCGCCCCCACCUCACGCCCCCCCACCGCCACCGCCACCCAGCUCGGUGUCCGUGCCGCAGUUUACAGUAUUUAAUUUUUAUAUAAUAUAUUAUUUAUUACAGCAUUUUCUUUUUUUCUUUUUUCUUUUUUUUUUUUUGAACAUACCUCAUAAUUCUGUUUACACGUCUCGAGGAAGCCGCUCAGUAAAUUUCCCUUUCGCUCAGUAAGCACCACCGCGCGGCAGAAUGGCAUCCACCGUGGCGACGCUGGUCGCCAGCACUAUCGCUGCUACCGCCGCUGCCGGCCCGGAUAAGAGCUAUCUCUGGAUGCUCAUCCUGGGCUUCGUGAUCGCGUUCGUCUUGGCCUUCUCGGUGGGGGCCAAUGAUGUAGCAAAUUCGUUCGGUACCGCCGUGGGCUCCGGGGUCGUGACCCUGAAGCAAGCCUGCAUCCUCGCCAGCAUCUUUGAGACGGUGGGCUCGGUCCUGCUGGGGGCCAAGGUGAGCGAGACCAUCAGGAAGGGCCUGAUCGACGUGGAGAUGUACAACACGACCCAUGGGCUGCUGAUGGCGGGCUCCGUCAGUGCCAUGUUUGGUUCUGCUGUGUGGCAGCUGGUGGCUUCCUUCUUGAAGCUUCCCAUCUCCGGAACCCAUUGUAUUGUUGGCGCCACCAUUGGGUUCUCCCUUGUGGCCCAGGGAUCAAAGGGGGUCAAGUGGUCUGAACUUGUCAAAAUCGUGAUGUCUUGGUUUGUCUCCCCGCUGCUUUCUGGUAUCAUGUCUGGAAUUUUAUUCUUCCUUGUUCGUGCAUUCAUUCUCCGUAAGGCAGAUCCCGUUCCUAAUGGUUUGCGAGCUUUGCCAGUUUUCUAUGCCUGCACAAUUGGAAUUAACCUCUUUUCCAUCAUGUAUACUGGAGCACCAUUGCUGGGCUUUGACAAACUCCCUCUGUGGGGUACCAUCCUCAUCUCGGUGGGAUGUGCCGUUUUCUGUGCCCUUAUCGUCUGGUUCUUUGUAUGUCCCAGGAUGAAGAGAAAAAUUGAACGAGAAAUAAAGUCUAGUCCCUCUGAAAGCCCAUUAAUGGAAAAAAAGAAUAAUUUAAAAGAAGACCACGAGGAAACCAAGUUAACUCUCUGUGACAUGGAAACCAAGAGCCCUGCUUCUGAGGGUGGGUCUGCCGAAGCGCCCCCUCUUCGGGCUGUGGUGGAGGAGAGAACAGUGUCAUUCAAGCUCGGAGACCUGGAGGAGGCUCCGGAGCACGAGAGGCUUUCCAGCGUGGACCUGAAAGAGGAGACCAGCAUAGAUGGUGCCAUGAACGGUGCAGUGCAGUUGCCGAAUGGGAACCUCGUUCAGUUCAACCAAGCCGUCAGUAACCAGAUCAACUCCAGUGGCCACUACCAGUAUCACACAGUGCAUAAAGAUUCUGGCUUGUACAAAGAGCUGCUUCACAAGCUGCAUCUUGCCAAGGUGGGAGACUGCAUGGGGGACUCUGGUGACAAACCCUUGCGACGUAAUAACAGCUACACCUCCUAUACCAUGGCCAUUUGUGGCAUGCCGCUGGAUUCAUUCCGUGCCAAAGAAGGUGAGCAGAAAGGUGACGAGAUGGAGAAGCUUACGUGGCCCAAUGCAGAGAGCAAGAAACGCAUCCGCAUGGACAGUUACACCAGUUAUUGCAAUGCUGUGUCUGAUACUCACUCAGCCUCUGAGAUGGACAUGAGUGUCAAGACAGAGAUGAGUCUGGGUGACAGGAAAGGAAGCAGCGGCUCCCUGGAAGAAUGGUCUGACCAGGACAAACCAGAAGUCUCCCUCCUGUUCCAGUUCCUGCAGAUCCUCACAGCCUGCUUCGGGUCAUUUGCCCAUGGUGGAAAUGACGUCAGCAAUGCCAUCGGUCCUCUGGUUGCUUUGUAUCUGAUUUAUCACACUGGAGAUGUUUCUUCCAAAGUGGCGACACCCAUUUGGCUUCUGCUGUUUGGCGGUGCUGGUAUCUGCAUCGGUCUGUGGGUUUGGGGAAGGAGAGUUAUUCAGACCAUGGGGAAAGAUCUGACCCCAAUCACACCCUCAAGUGGCUUCAGUAUUGAACUGGCAUCUGCCCUUACUGUGGUGAUUGCGUCCAAUAUUGGUCUUCCCAUAAGUACAACACAUUGUAAAGUGGGUUCUGUUGUGUCUGUUGGCUGGCUCCGAUCCAAAAAGGCUGUUGAUUGGCGACUCUUCCGAAACAUUUUUAUGGCCUGGUUUGUCACGGUCCCCAUUUCUGGUGUUAUCAGCGCUGCUAUUAUGGCCAUCUUCAAGUAUGUCAUCCUCAAGUGAAGCUUGGAGUUUGAGUGUCGGGGACCACCGUGCACAUUCCCGCUCCUCUGAGGAAGGAUCACAGUAUUACCGAAGGCUGACAGGACCUGUUCAAGUUGGGGAGCUGCGGGAGGGAAGUGUCACUUGUGCUAUACUUGCUUUUGUGCUAAAUAUGACUUGUCUCACAAUUAGCUCUGUAAAAUAGCUGGGGCUCCCCUGAUUCCUGUUGAGGCCCCUUUUCCUCCCGGGCUGUGAAUUCCUGUACAUAUUUCUCUACUUUUUGUAUCAGGCUUCAAUUCCAUUAUAUUCUAAUGUUGUCUACUGAAGAUAAAGUGAUUUCUCCCCCCCCCCCCCCCAUUUUUGACAACCAUACAGAGCCCUUGACCGAUUGCUCUCUCCCUUCUCCCUGGGUUCACCAGCUUCUGCCCUCUGUGCACAGGGACUUCACAGCAAUUGUGACUGAAGCGUCCCUGAGUGUCCCCCACAGAAACAGUGGUCUGUGCUCUGCCCUCUCUUGGCACUGGCAGGCUGGAUUGCAUAUGUGGGAUGUUCUUAAGGGUUCUGUGGAUGCAGUGAAAAUUUAAGUUAGUAGUAACUUCUUUGCAAACAUUUCAUUGACUUACUGCUAAGAAGAAGUAGGAAAAAGCCUUCUGCCAAUCAUGGUUAUUUCUUGAAGAUUGCUGGCAGUGUGGGAUGGAUGAAUGAAGUGUAAUUUGAUCUUUGGGCAACUUACAUGGGAUAGCCUUUCAUGUUCAUCUGUCUACCUCUUAACUGAAUAAAAAGGCCUACAAUUUUUAGAAAA